AUGGCUACAUUAGGUCAAGUGGCUGCAUCAUGGGCCUGGCUUCGUGGAACUAUUUAUCAUAAUCAGGAUAAAUUUAUCGAUGAAUGGUUAAAUUAUGCAAGUCAAGAAGGUCAAUUUUCAGUAUCAUCAAUUCAAAGUUCAAGCUUUACAAGAUUUCCACUAUGA